AUGUGGCUGACAGAGGGGGGCGGGGUCAGGGAGGGGCACGGACAGUGGCGCAGGUACACGCGGACCCACGUCUCCUCUUACGCUGUAAUCGGCAACGGGUGUAGCUCUCUGGCUGCGCCUCUCCCUCUUGGAAGAGCUGCACUUCAGCUUAAAGUGGAGCUGUUAUCCAGUCUGGGGCGGUGGAGGUGUGCGCCACAGGGGUGA